GCGACAGUGCUCCGCUCGACCACAUCCAAUUGAACUCCUCUCAGUGCUUCCGUAGCGUAGAUUCCACGCUGCUCGUGCGCGCGUCAUUACGCACUAAAGUCUCCAGCGGCAGCGACGUUUCUUAGAGCAUCGCUCAUUGAACUCGGCGAGCUUCCUGCGGAGAAGAGCCAGGAUGGAUUUGGUGUUUCUGGUGUGUUUGGCGAUGAGCACCGGGUCCUGGUUCGCACGUGCGGAGAGACACAGCGUCUACUGGAACGGCUCUAAUCCCAACUUCCUGUGGGACGAGUACGUGGUCGAAGUGCGCAUCAACGACUACCUGGACAUCGUCUGCCCGCACUACGCCCACGGCGAGGUGUCGCCGCACGCGGCCGAGCGCUACGUGCUGUACAUGGUGGAGAAGGAGGACUACGAGGUGUGCAAGCCGCACUCCUUCGACCAGCUGCGGUGGGAGUGCUCGCGGCCGUUCGCUCCCCACGCCCCCGAGAAAUUCUCUGAGAAAUUCCAGCGUUUCACUCCCUUCACCCUGGGCAAGGAGUUCAGACAGGGAGAGAGCUAUUAUUACAUCUCAAAGCCAAUGCAUCACCACGGCCAGGACUGCCUACGGCUGAGGGUGGACGUCGUCGGGCAAAGCGGCGCCGGGAAGCACAAUUUAGAGAAAGUCAAGGCGGAAAAUGCAAAGAAAAACAUCGACGAGGGGAAAGUGAAGUCAGUUGCUGCCGGAGGAGUUCACAACCCCUCCAACCGGCUCCCAGCAGAUGACCCUGCUGUGAUGGAGCCAAAGGUUCAGAGGAGCAUCGGCAGUUCAGGGGCACAGCUGGUCUCGUUUUCACUGUUCCUGACCACGGUCUCCGUACUAUCCGCCCAGACGCUACUCUGAGGCUGAGCCGCAGGACAGAGACAAUGCAAACUCAAUGCCGGUCAUUGGGGACCAUGAGUGAACAGAGUUUUUUUUUU